AAUCAAGAGAGUGAUGCAAUAAUUUUAAUAUAUUCUCAAUACACAAAAGUUUUUCUUAGGUUUAAUAUGAAAUUUAAUUUCUUCGCGAUUAUGUUUUAGUUAUAAAAAACCUAGAUUUCAUUUUAAUAGUAGUUUUACUAGUUGACGGACAGUAAAUAAUAUUUCUGACGCGACGUAUCUGUUUUACAUGCCCGUUCGUUUACAGUAAUGAUAAAAGUAGAAGAACAAAUUGACCGUAGAUAAGAAUCGACGUAACGAUAGAUUUCUGAUCCACAACAUUUAUCCAUCUUAGUUUCAUCACUGACCUAAUGACGUAAAAUUUAUUAAUUCUAUGAAUUUUGAUCCAAAAUUUAAAAUUGGUAAGAUUAUACAUAUCAAGAUUGGUAACCUAUCACAGAGGUGCUUAAUUGAUUGUCCACGAGCAACACCUGUCCUUCCGAGGUGUUCCCGAGGUAUCCAGCGACUGUCUUUUUGUUUAUAUAUCGAACAUUAAAGCAACGGCACGAGACAAAAAAAGACAAAAAAAGACAAAAAAAGAAAGGGACAUUGUGCUAGUGCAUUAUUGUGUAUCGCGUUCCUAUCCGUCUAUAUUGCCUUUGUUACGUAAACGCCUAAUGUUAUGUCCUAGAAGCUAGGAUCCGCUUACAAUAGAGUGUGUUUGUAUCGUUAAAUGACUCCUAGUAGUGUAAAUUUUAAGAAUGUUAUAUAUCGUCGCAGUUCCUUUCAUAUUACUUAGAAUUAUUGGAAACCACGUUAUUGGCCUCAUUUUGUUGCUUGGAUACAAGUUAACAGGUGCAACAUAUUUACGAUAACUCCUAUCCAUAGGUUGUUGGUGAAGCAUACCUGAUUAAAUCUUUCAACCAUUUUUGGGAAUUUCCGUGAGCCUAAAUCUUGACAUUUCGUUGAUCGAGGAUGGUUGCUUUCGUCUGUAACAAAACAAACGUUGCCAAAAGCGUGAUUAGAGGACUGUCCAAUGCAUGGAGUGUCAACUAUGGUUUAGCCAUCGAAUGCAUGCCACCGAUCAUAGCACUCUUCCUUUCUAUGUCGAUGUAUCUCAACGCAAUUUUUAACACAAAAAAGAUGAGGGAUGUACUCUUAUUCAUUAAAAAUAACCAUAAUUACUAUGCGAAUCGUCCAGAAAAGCUGAUCCUUCGAUAUUAUGACGUACAAGGAAGAAAAAUUACACUUUAUUAUGCCUUAUACGUUUACACAACAGUGGUGGCUUACAUAACGAUACCAGCAAUAUCGCUACUAAUUGAUUUCAUUAUACCCUCGAAUCAUUCUGAAGAGAAAAGCUUUCCAAUUGAACUCGAUUAUGGCGUGGAUACACAACACUAUUUUUAUUAUCUGUUCAUACAUUCAUACAUGACAAUAGCCAUGAUUGCCAAUUUAAUUGCUUCUUGUGAUACUACGUACAUGCUAUACGCUCAACAUGGCUGUGCUUUGUUCGCAAUUGUGAGUUACGAAUUGAGAACUGUGCACAUUUUGGAUGCGAGUAGUUUGAUAAAUUUAAAGGAUCAUCGUUUAUUCGAAAACUACAAAAAUACCGAAUUAUUGCCGGAAGAUGAGAAGAAAAUUUGUACGAAACUGUUUCUUUGUAUAAAAGAAUAUCAAAAUGCAAUAAGAUACUGUAAUCUUGUCGAAUCAUUGUUCGCCAAAUCCAUAUUCGUUCAAUUGUUCUUUAACGUUGUCUGCCUUAGCAUUGCAGGAGUCGAAACUGUAAUGAAACUAGGCAAUGCAGCUGAUACGAUACGAUUUGGAUCAUUUACAUUCGCGCAAGUUGCUCACAUAUUCGUCCUCUGCCUUCCUGGGCAAAGAUUAUUGAAUCACAGCGAAGAGGUGUACAACGCGGCAUGCGAUGCUAUGUGGUAUAUAUUUCCUAAAAAGUGUCAUAAUUUAUAUAAAUUUUUACUCGCAAGGACUCUAAUAUUUAGCAAAAUCACAGCUUUCAAAGUAGCGACCAUGUCAAUGGAAACUUUUCUCGCGAUUAUUCAAACAGCAAUGAGUUAUUUUACCGUGUUGCUUUCAACUACAUGAACUUUUAAUGAAAUUAAAAAGCAAUAUAUUUUAGUUGCAUAUUUAAUAAAGAUCGUAGUUUGAUAGAUAAAGAGAUUGCUUUCAUUUUAUUUCUGCGAUAAAUAUAAGGAUACGUUUUAAAAAAACUCAGAAUAACAACUGGCAUGUUCAGCAACGCCAGUAUUAGAAAUAGAAAGUAAAACACAAAACAAUUAUGUAUUAAAGUAAAGGUAAAGGUAAUAUAUGGUGCACGCACAUUGAAACUCGCACUUUAUCUUGACUUUGAUCUCCUUCUUGGUUUUUCCUUUUUCCUCGUUGCGUUGCGGUGAUUGAAUUUUUGAAUGCAAAGAUUCGAUAAGUACAGGUAAGUGUAUACACGCGUUGUUCCUCUCGAGGUACAUACAUAUAUGUAGCGACGGUUAGUGGACUUUACAGCAUACUGCAUGCUACGUGUACAUCAUGUAAUCAUAAACAAUCUCGAAUUAUUAAAUCGGCUUGACGAUUUUUUCUCGUCUUCGAACAUGCCAAUAACCCUAGGCAUUGCGUAUGGGGCAGCUUUGCUUCCCUUCUUUAUCCGAGCUAUGAUCAAAUCAGGAGUAAUUGAUCCCAGUAUUUUAAUUUGAAUCUUUUUUCCAAAAGUUUGCAUAGAAAAUGGUUGUCUCAACGAAAAAUCCACGGAAUCCAUUUUAAGUAUCCAGUUUAAGAUCGUUUUAAAAAGAAGAUUCGGUCGAAACUGUAGAAAGACUGACUAGGCUUCGAUUUCGAUGAUAUUUCGACAUGUUGUAGAAAUCAAUAUUUCAAUCAACUUUUUCCUACACACAUAAGGAGCGAACUCGCAUAAAUUUCGUCGAGAAAUAUUGGCGAAAAGUUACCAGUAUCACUACAGUGAAUACUACUUACAGUUGGGUAACAUCUGUGGCAGCGUAUGCAUUAGUUGAGUUUAACUAAACUAAGUAAGACGACAUUAAAAUUAUAUGCAACACAGAGAAGUCGACAUAGACGCAAUAGCGUCGUAACAAAGGCAAUACGUCGAUUGGAUCUUUUAUACGAUAUUGAAUUUAUUCGAAAGUAUUAGAAUAGUUUAUUGGACAAAGUGAUCGAUCCGAACUCUACGUAGUUCAUAACAGUGACUCGGCCGUCUGACGAGCGCAUGUUCCACUGUUGCAGAGUUUUUCGUUGGUCGGAACUAUGUAAGAUAUUUUGUGUAUAUGGAAAUUUAACGCAAAGGUUUGUUUUUCUUUGUAUAAAUUGCCCUGCGAGCAUGGAUGGACGAUGCAUCUGGAGAAAUGGACUGUGACGAAUAACAACGAGCAGCAAGAGGAUUAACAAGAGGAAGAAGGAAAAGAGCGUUUAAUCGCUGAUAAUGAGAAAAUGUAUUAUCUCGUUGGUUGCGUGCGAGCGUGGGAGAAAAAGUAUGAAACGAGGAAAGGGCAGAAAGAAGUAACUCGUAAAUGUGUAAAUUAGAUGUGUAAAUAAAACCGUUUGGAAAUGUGAAA